AUGGCAUCUGAGUCCGUUAUUGUUGAUGGUGCUGACCAGGUCAUUAUCCAUGACAAUGUCAUUGUCAUGGACAUCGAAAACCUCUUAACUGGCUGGCUGACUUACGAGAUUAAUUUUACUCCCGAGAACCUGGGCCCUUUGAAACUUAUUAUCUGCCUCAAAGAUCCUGUCAAGAUGGUUCACAUCGAAGAAUCUUCAGAUAGCGAGGUGGACUUGUUGAUUCCAGGCAAUCACAAAAGGAAAAAGACCUCGUCGACCAAUCGCGAGAACAAGAGGACCAAAACGUUCACGACCGAUACCAUCAAGCUCGCUGAAGAUCUUGCAGGCCUCAAAAUCACGUCCCAGAGUUCCGGGACUAAUGCCAUCAAGGCGAAACCAGUGCGCCUAGUUGGACUGCGCAAAAAUCCCCUGCCACGCAAAUACAAAUUCGACAGUAACAUUACUUGGCCGCCUGUCCGUCGUCACCAUUUCAGGGAUGUGGAAGAUAAAGAUUCCAUUGCUGGUCUAGACAUUUUUCUGUACACAAGAAUCAUUAUUUUGAGAUAUCGCAUAGAUGCAUUGAGGUUUCCCAGGGUGUUCUUGAAACACGUCAAUAGAACAAAACAAAAGCUUGUAAUCAAUAAUGCCAUGCAUGCGUCUUAUUUCCAUCUUAUCUACUACUACCAUCAUGCCAGCACUAGCUCGUCAUCAGACAGCGAUGACUCGAUGAUGAGUCAGUCACGCUCCACUUCGCCACCCACGACUUUGCCAAUGCAUGAAGAACCAAAACGGAAGAAAUCCCUGCAAAAACGCACGAGGGAAUCAUCGGAUAGCAACACCAAUGCGAAGAAACCCAAAAAACGAACAAAGAAACAUAAAGACUCAGACUCGGGCAACAAACCCAAACAGAAAGGAAUGUCACUGCAAGAGCAAUGCUUACAUGUUGCACGUUGGAUACCCCAAGGGGUAGACAUGUUUUGCAAACUUACUGAUGUCUUUUGGGUUGCACCUCUUGUCGAGCAGUGA